AUGUCUUCAUUUCACUGGGAGAGAACACUGGUUGGAAUUACCUGUUGUGUAGUGACUGUGAUCCUUUGGGCACUGUGUAUUUGGCAGGUUGUCCUUAGGUUUAAAACAGACACUGCAGACUCUGUGAUACCUCCAUGCUUCUGCCUCAAUGGUGGCAUCUAUCAGGAUGGAGCCUGUGUGUGCCCAGACAAGUGGGUGGGAUCCUGUUGUGAAAUAGUUAAUUUCUGUGAAGCCAGUACCUACACAGUGGACAUUUCUGGAAGCACUGUAAAAACCCUUACUUUUGGAGAGAUUGUAGUGGGUAAAUAUGGGAACUCCGAAGAAAAAUGUGCACCCAAUACUGUGAAUGGUAACACUUCAAUAGCAAUCCGGAUGUGCUCCAGGGAAGAGACAAUCCCUACUUUACAGCCCCCUGAGAUUCUCAACUGUAAUGAAAAUCUCGACUCUCUAGCAUCACAGGUUGAAGCCGCAGACUCCAGCAAUCUCUCAGCUAUUGCAAGUAACACUCAAAUCCUUACCUCCAGACCAGAGCAGCUGAGCACACAGAACAUCUCUGCUGCUGCAAACAUUGCAGUGCAAAUCAUGAAUAAGCCAAAUGUUUCUCAAGAUACUCAGGCAUCUGUGGCAGUAAUGGCUACAGUGAGUCAUCUCUUGGAUUGUGACAAAGCAGAAUUCAGCUACAAUAAUCUUCUCAAUGUUACAACAAGCCUCACAAAAACAAUGGAGGAAUUUUCUUUGACUGCCAACAUCUCACAGCCCAAUGUUGUGAUUCAGUCCGCUUCACUGAAAUCAAACCUCUCUACAAUUCUGUUUUCAGCACAGAGAGAUACAUCACUGGCAUAUUAUCAGUCAACAAAAGUAGAAAUACAGGAAAAUGUCCCUGGGCUUAUCAGUGAUCUCAGUACUGAAGUUCAGAUACUGCUGAACAUUUCAAAUAACCGAUUAUCAGACAAUGGAAGAGUUGGCUUUAUCUUGUAUCAAAAUGACAAAUUCUUCCAGUCAAGGAUUUAUCAGAGUCACAGUAGUGACUCUAAACAAGUUGUCUCUGGUAACAUUAAUGGUGGAAGAACAAGCAGUGUUGAAAUAGCCUUCAGUCCCAAGUACAACACGUCUGAACUGAGGCUGCGUGAUCACAUCUGUGUAUUUUGGGACUAUACUAUCAAUGACUGGAGCACUGCUGGUUGUGCUAAAGGAAGAGACCAGUUCUUGAAAUGCAGGUGUAAUCACACUACUAAUUUUGCUGUCCUAAUGGUCUUUGAGAUCAAAUAUAAAUAUGCAAAGCCUUUGGAGUAUAUUUCUUACAUUGGUAUUGGAUUGUCCAUGGCUGGCCUGGUCAUUACCAUUUUGUUUCAAAUACUCACCAGGAAAACUCGAAGGUCGUCUGUAACAUGGAUGUUAGUGAGUCUCUGUUUCUCUAUGCUUAUUUUUAACAUCAUCUUCAUCUCUGGAAUUGAAAACCAAAAUGCCAAGAAUCAGAACAGCAAUACCAGCAGCUACUACCAGAAAUACCUUCCUUAUGAUACCACCAGUAACACCUUGCUCACAUCUGAUAUAGUAGAUCCUCCUGCAGACUCAUGGUGUACAGCUGUGGCUGCUCUACUGCACUAUUUUUUGUUGGCAACAUUUAUGUGGACAGCACUCAAUUCUGCACAACUGUACUUCCUGUUGCUUAGAGCCAUGAAGCCCCUACCUGAACACUUCCUUGCAACCAUGUCAAUAAUUGGAUGGGGAAUCCCUGCUCUAGUAGUCGUGAUAACACUUGGAGCUACUUACAGAGAAGGAAGAGCUUUAAAUUACCGACAGGAAGAAUUUUGCUGGCUUGCAGCGCUGGAUCAGAAUGGGAAUUUCAGUAUGCAAAAGCCCAUGUUGUGGUCAUUCCUCUUGCCAGUUGCACUCAUACUCCUGUUUAACAUCAUUGUCUUCAUCAGGAUCAGUGUCUCUGUGAUAUGGAAGAAAAAUGAGAGUUUGACAAGGAACAAAAGUGAUUCAUUUAUGAAAAAGGCAAUUGGCACUAUCUCCAUUGUGGUCAUGCUUGGAAUCACCUGGACAAUAGGCUACCUCAUGCUAGUAAGUCAAGAGGAAGCAAGUCUUGUUUUCAGCUACCUGUUCUGCAUUUUGAACACUACCCAGGGACUUCAGAUUUGUAUUCUAUACACUUUCAGAUCACCAAUCUUCAGGAAAAAUGUUUACAAAGCAUUCCCUGUUUUCCGAGUGCCAGAGAUACCGCUGUAUCUGCAUUCAAAAACUUACUAUGUAGCAAAAUCAAAGCUUGAACAAUAUAUUCAGGAAACUUUCAGAUCAACUCAGACUGUUUCAAGAGAUAUUUCCUCAUCUACCACCUAAGUGGACUCAGAAAACUGUAGACUUAAAAAACUGUAAAUAUGUGAAAUAGAAUCCCACAUAUUUCAUGGUCUAUUUUAUACAGAUCUCGGAGGUAUACUGAAUGAUGGACAUGCUACUCCAACAAGAGGUAGCUCAAAAUGGAUCACAAACCAAGACCACCAGCAGCCCAAAGCUGCUGGACCACACACCAGAAAGAUUGUGCAACUGUUAAGCAGAAAUGCCGUGCUAGACCGUCUUGGUACUACUUGUACUGCAUGCCAAUAAGGAAGGCUUUUGAAAGGACUUGAGGUUAUUCUAUUUUUAUAUUUUAGUACAGAUGUAGAAAAGUUGCUGUGUUUGUGUCCUUUUCUUUUAUCAGACCUGUGGAAUAUAUCUAACUACCUUAUUCUCCAUGGCUCUCUUCUCCAUUUUGUCAGAAGAAUUCCAAUUUAAAUAGAACCCAAAAAAAGGUAAAUCAAGAAACAGCAGUGCAGUUCUUCUUGGCUCUGGCUCCAAAUUCCACAUUGGAUUGGUCAGAAGAAAAUCUGUGUCUUAAAAUGGUCAUUUACAUUUUCCAUCUAAAAUAUGUUUUUAUAAAUGGUAAUUAAACAAAAUCCCUUUGUGUCCUGUGUGAGAAAAAGCCAGAUAAAUUUAGAUGUGUAAUUAAAAAAAAACACCUUUAUUUCUUUGUUCAAUUCUACAAACAGAUAUUUUUGCAUGUUUUAUUCU